AUGUAUUCUUCAUAUUCUCGAACAAACCAUCUCGUUUUAGUCCAUAUCUUGGCCAUAGAACUCAUCCUCAUACGCAGUGUAUCAUCCCUGAACCUUACCAAUGCGUAUCUACACCACAAAUGCCUCCCUAGUGAAGGGACCUAUAAGGCUGGAAGUAAGUACGAGAAAGACCUCAACAUUAUCACCCGUCGCCUCUCUGCUUACAGUUUUCCGGACGGUUUCAGACACAUAUCUUAUGGCGAUGCUCCCAAUUCCGUCUCCGUCAUAUUCCAGUGCCGCGGUGACUCAUAUGGGUCCUUUUGCCGUUCCUGCUUCUCCACCGCCUUAGCCGGGGUCAUGCCUGUAGACUUAUACCUAUGA